AUGCUGAUCAGGAUCAACCCAAAGAAGCGCGAGCUAGAAUGGAUCGUCAACGAAACCCACACAAUCCUCAGCGACAUCCGCCACGGCCUGCAAGACUGCUACGCCCUCCUCGCGCCAAUCGACCCGGGCAGCACCCUCGUCAUGUCCACGCAGCGUAACGAGCGCGUCAAAGGCACAGUAACCCGCGUCGGCACAAGGAUAGUAAAAGGCGCCGUCAACCUCCAGCUCAAAACCCUCCCAUCCCAAACCAUCGCCCUCGACCCCUCGCACCCAAUCCACAUCGCCGCUCUCGAGACGAUCCACACCCACCUCACCGAAUGCAUCGACCUCCUCUCCCUCACCUCCACCCCGCAACCCUCCUCGAACCCCUCCCAGCUCGCCGCCCAACUGCGCAUCCUCCACGCCUCUCUGACCGAGUCCUCCGCCCUCCUCCGCGGCCCGCCCCUCAACGCCUCCGACCCCGCCUGGCAGUCGGACUCCUGCCCGCCCGUCCACUUCGCCCCGCCCCUCGGGCCCAACAUCUCCGUCCACUUCUCCCUGCAGGAGUCGUCCCUCGUGCUCUGGCUGCGCGCCCUCGAGCCCGUGGACGCGCCGCCGAGCUUCGGCACAAAGCUCGGCCUGGCGCUCGGCACCGUCAGGAGGCUGGAGCACGACGAGAUGGACCGCCCGUUUCGGUUCGCGUAUAGUAGCGUCACGGACGGCGGGGAGAAGCACAAACACGGCGGGGCGCAUCCGAGGAGCGGGCAGAGCAGUGUCAGCGGGCUGGGUACGCCGUCGAGUAACGGGGAGCCGAAUGAGGUCUACGUGAGGGAGAAGGUGAGGGUUGAGAGCUUGCCUGAUCCAAAUCUGAUGAGUUUGUCGGCCAAGCUGGUCGCGUUGGGGCAUACUUUGGCGGGCGCGAGGAGGAAUCUUGCUGCAGUAAUGGGAGAGGAGGUCGACGAGUGA